UUAAAAAUUUAAAGAGGGUUAUGGGCACAUUACCAUUACCUUUUGUUGUUUUGGUCACGUUCCUUUCGGAUGGUUCAUUUACAUGAGAAAGCUUUAUGGCACUGGGCUGAAAAUCCGCUUUUUUCUUUUUAUUUUUUAAACAAGUGCAAUUGGAGACAGGUUAAGUGUGGUGUUUUCCAACAGUUGUAAGUUUUACAAUUGGUUUUUCUAUUUAUUAGCUAAUCUGCUGCCGGAGUAUUGCUUAGCUGAAAAUGGUAGCUUUGCACAGUAUGGGGUCGCCAGCCCCCCCAUUGGCUCAGCACAUCGGUCUGCCCACUAGCAUACCCCAUUUGCCCCCAACUCCAAUAAAAUCCAUCAAAAAAGUGGAAGAGCACACCAGAUUUUUGAUCAGGAGACUUUUGCCAAUUGGACUGUUUUUGGUGGCCUUUGCCACUGUAAUGUCUAUUCUGAUUCUGCACAUGGACAAUACAGCUAUGAAACACCAUCAGUUUACUCUCAAUCUAAGCAAGGACUUGGAAUUGAACAGUAUCUCGCAGGACAACCCACAGUUGAUCAUGUACCUGAGAGAAGUGGCGCUGUUUCCAGCUAUAGAGACCCACCACAAGCCGUUGGAGUCGCAGGAGGACCCGACCGAUGAAACUGAAUAUGUGUUACGAUUACUAAACCACAAGCAAAACGGAGUGUUUGUGGAGGCCGGUGCUUACAGCGAUGGCAGGUCAUCGAAAACGGAAGUUCUGGAGCGGAGGUUUAACUGGAAGGGGCUGUUGAUCCAGCCCGAUCCGCGCCACUACUUUAAUCUGCGAAGGCACAACAGGCUGAGAAGCCAGUGCGCUCAUGCCUGUCUCAGCCCUAUGCCUUAUCCUCGAGAGAUCACUCUUCACAGUGAAAGCGAUGUGAAAAUCAACGACAUAUACAGCAACUCGAUGGACAAUCCCGAUUGGCUAGUAAUACGGGUAAAAUGCUUCCCGCUUUUCUCCUUUUUGCUCGCUUUCAAUACCAGCACAGUGGACUAUUUGAGUCUGGAAACGGGCGGCACUGAAUUGCAGGUCUUAGAGACUCUGCCGUUUGAUCGAGUGAAAAUUGAGAUAAUCAGUGUCGACUUAAAGGACGACAAGGAAAUUGGAACGAUAAAAAAAUUCCUGGCUACCAAGAAGUUCAAGUACAUUCAGAAAUUUAACUACAGCUACAUUUUUAUGAUGAACCAUGUCAGGAUUUAAGCAAAGUAGUUGGACUAACGACUGAGAAAUGGUCUCAAUUUAUCAGUCGCAAAGGUAGUAGUAGAAGGUUGAUACUUGAGUGCUGUACAAGACGUUCCAAAUGAUUGGGAGGAUUUGCGUAAUUUACAUGUUUUUUCGCCAAAUAUUUCCGCUUUGGAGCAUCUUGUAUGAAAUUAACAUUUCUUUUAUUUAAAAGACUGAGUCGCGCAAAGACUAGCUAUUGAAGGAAUUUCAUCGUCGCAUUAAUACGAAAAGUGGAAACUGAAACUUGUUGGCUAUUUUUAAGCAAAUAGAUAUUUUUUACUACUAAAAUUUUCACAGCGGACCUUAUUGUAAACGCACGGUUGUCUAUCCGGAUUUUUUUUAAGAUUGUUUCACUGGACCAGUUGCUUAACUGACUUCGGAAUCUUGCUUUAGGGUAAACGUGGAUUAGCGUAUAUCAGAUGCAUGGCACAAAUGAAAAUGUAGAAUUCAUUCGCUCCGUUCGCCUCGUAUACACCAACCCGCGCUAAAAUUUAUCAAACGCUUUGGAAAUUCUUCUAUUCUGCACAAAAUUAGCGCUUGUUUAGAAUAAUUGUUAACCAUCCUCGAAUUAAGCUCUCUCUCAACUAUUAUGGAAAACUAUAAUUAUUCGCGCCUGAACAAUGAGUGCCUUCAAAAUGUAUUUUUACAUUACAUAGCAGUUAUUCCAAAUAUUUUCAUUAAGUCAUUCCUGAAACUUAUAGUGUUAAGUUGUAGUUAACCUUGUAGUAUUAACGAUUUUUUUACAUCAUUAUUUUGUGUUCUUUUACAUUAUUUACAAUUUUGUACUUAUUUUUACGUGUAAAAUGUACUACCUUAGGCUAGUUUAAGUAAACAAUUCCAAAUA